AUGGACGAAGAUGCAUUUGUAAAGAUAUAUGGAGUGGCGAUCAAAUACAGCACAUGCCAUGGUAGCAUUCCGACAAUUACCCAAUUUCCAAACAUUGUCCCUCCGUCCACUGGCGCCUACCGUCUAGCAGGCCCGCAGGCAUGGACGUCUGGCUUCUUUGCUGGCCUCCUGUGGCAGUGGUAUUCUUGGUCCCUUGACCAUCCACAGCUGGUUCCAUCCACAGAACUGGAAACUUUGGCACGAACUUGGACAAUUCCGCUGGCAGUGUCUGCCCAGAAGAGUAGUCACGAUGUUGGCUUCUUGAUCAACAACACAUUUGGUGCAGAUUAUGAGCUGACAGGGAAUGAAGCAGCAUUACCUACGUUGAUUGCAGCGGCAGAGAACCUCCUGGGACGUUUUAGCGACCGAACAGGCUUCACCAGGAGCUGGGAUCGCAUGGGGCCAUAUCAAGAUCCCAACAAAACUUUCUUGGUCAUUAUAGACAACAUGAUGAAUCUCGAACUCUUGUUCCAUGUCUCCAAAAUAACGGGGAAACAAGAGUUUGCCGAAGCCGCUAUUAAUCAUGCUCGAAACGUCGCUCAAAAGCAGAUCCGACCGGAUGGAAGCGUCUGGCAUUUACUUGUUUGCGAUCCUCACUCCGACCAGAUCUUAGAGCGUACAACCUGGCAAGGCAUCUCAGACGAAAGUACAUGGAGUCGUGGCCAAGCAUGGGGUAUCUAUGGUUUUGCUGCUGCCUAUCGAUGGACAGGAAUUACGCUCUUCCAAGAGAAAUCGAUCGAGAUGGCCGAGUAUUUCUUGAGCCGUUUGCCGAAGGAUGGGAUCCCACCUUGGGAUUUUGAUGCGCCGGAGCCUGCUGUGAAAGAUACUUCUGCCGCGACAAUUGCUGCUAGUGGCAUGCUUUAUCUAAUUUCGACAGCAAGGCCAGACCAGCCAGCUCUCAGGAAAUACCUUCUUGGAGCUAAAGAACUGAUACACAGUACGCUAGCAUAUGCACGGUCCAAACCGUCCUCGUUCACUGAGAAAAAUGGACAUCUCCAGAUUCACGACCUAGGAUUCGAGUCUAUAUUGAUGCAUGCCACGCCAAACUUGAGUCAAAGACCUCCUGAGCAGAUCUUCGAUGUCGGAGUGGUUUAUGCCGACUACUAUCUUAUCGAGGCUCUUCAGAGACUCGAGAGAUUUUGUGGCGGGGGCUAA